UUUCUGAGGAGCACCUGAACGCAGCAGCAGUCAGCGGCGGCGACAUCUAGCGGCCACCAGCGAGAAGGACACGCAGCGUCGUGGUGGUGCAGCAGAGCAGAUCCCGGUCUGACCACAGCUCUGUCCGCACGCACAGCCUCUCUGUCCGCACCGACCCCGCAGACAGGUAGUCAGAGAGCCCGCACGCAGACAGAACAGCCAGCCAUGAGCACGGCGUUUUCCUGACGGCCUCCGUUUACAUCCAGAGAGCAUCUGCGGCUGAAACCUGCGUGAUCUGUCCAUUCACACCGGAGGAGGGAUGUUGAGCACUGCAGCAGACAUGCAGGGCCCGCUCCUCAUCACACUGAUUGCUCUUCUGGCCGGCUGUGAUGCCUUCAGAUUGGGUUCGUCCCAGCGCCUCAUACCACUCAAUCCUCCCGUUGCUCGUGUAGUCCAAGAUGAUGCCCCAGUUCAGCCACACUUCAUCCAGGAAUUAGUCAGAACCAAACGCCAAACAGUCCAUGAGUUAGUGCGAGCCCAGCCUCAUUUGGUUCAUGACAUGGGCUGGCCAGAGAUACAUGAAACAUCCCGUUCCCAGGCCAAGAUGGAUUCCGUUAACUCCUCUCAGUUAAACCCUCCAUCAUCUGCCAGUCAGGAUGUAACCAAGACCCGUCCUGCUGUGGAUGAAAACCUAGAUGUGGAAGAUGAGAUGGAGCGUAUGGUUCAUCUGGUGGUUCCCCAGGACGCAGAAAGCUACAGGGGAAACCCAGAUGCUAUUGACCCACAGAAGGAGCCCUUCCGUGGGCCAGGAGCCGGAGACACCUCCCUGGAGGCGUCUGGCUUCUAUGGAACGGACAUGGAGGACAGAGACAGAGGAGAGGAGGGAGCAGAGGACAGAGAGAGAAGAGGGGGAGAGGACGAGUGGGAGAGAGACACAGGGGAGGACAGAGAGAGGAGAGGGGGAGAUGUAAGAGAAGAGGAAGAAGAGAGGGAAGGAGGAACAGACGACCAUGAUGUCAAAGUAUUGGAUGCCUUAGAGGCCAACCAUACAACUCCAGAUCUGGAUGCUCUGAUUGGCUACAGUCCAUCUUUCCAUCCCUCCAGCUCCAAGCAGCCCAGCAUCUUCCCUCCAGCCGAGGUGCAGGAUUCUGGGGCACAGGAGCAUCGUGCAUCCCCGGUCCUGGAGGUGGGCCCUAGAGAAAGAGACCUGUGGGAGGCAGAAGGGGAGGAAGAUGGUAAUUCCAGUGGCUAUGGAGUCCUCCACUCCUCCAUCACUACAACUAGUACUACAUCUACUGCUACUUCAACUGCUGCUGCUGCUGGUGGUGGAGGCGCUGUAGGAACCGCCACCCCCGAGACUGACACAGGCACAGACUUUGGGCUGCUGGGAAGUUAUACAAAAGAUGAGACAGAGGAUGAAGACACAGAGAGGGAGGAGGAAGAAGAAGAAACUGGUCUGGCACACAAAGGCGUAUUUACCCAGAAUCCCACUGCACCAGAGGUUGGCAUGGCUCCCAGCAGACAGCCCCUGCAGCCCAGCGUGGAGGAAGAGGAGGAGCUGCAACAUGGAGAACAUGAGUUUAGAGGGAUAAGACCAAAAGACAGAGCCGAAGAGGUGGAGGAGGCGAAAUGGAGAAAGAUGGAGGAAGAGGAAACAAGAAUCCGACACAUCGUCCCGCUCACCACAGAUCCCUCCCCCACCAUCGGCUUCACCGACUCGUCCUGGGAUUGGCUGGAAAAGACCACGUCCCUGCUGACCCAGAGGUCAGAGGUCAGGAGAGGUGGAGCCCCAGAGGUCUUCUCACCAGACAGUGAUUUCUUUGAGAUGGAGGAGGCACGACAGGUGGUCUGUUUAAACUGGAGCGAGCUGGUUGGACGAGGCUAUGUCAUCCUCAACAUGACGCAAAACUUGAACUGUGAGGAGUUUCGUGUAGACCAGGGCGUGCGGUUGUUGAAGAUAAUGGAGCGAGUGUUUGCUCGAAGAAUGAACAGCCCAGAGGGAUCGUGGGUAAUCUACCUCAGCAAGCCUACACACCAGCAACACCAGCUGCUGAUGAACGUGGCAUCUGAGAAUGGAGUGAUGGCUACCAAGGAUGUGCUGGGCAUGCUGGGAGAAAUCAGGAAAAAUUUGAAUGAGGUGGGCAUCCAGAACUACAGUGCAGCCAGUAUCUGCGAGUAUCGGCGCAGUCUAACAAGCAGCGACUACGGCAACCUGUUUGUGGUUCUGGUGAUCAUCGGCUCCAUCUGCAUGGUCAUUAUCACGUCUGGAUUUAUAUAUGUGUGCUGGCAAAGACGAUUGCCUGUAGCUAAGACUACGUUCCGUGCGGAGGAACUUCACUUUGUGGAGAACGGUUGCCACGACAAUCCCACGCUGGACGUGGCCAACGACAGUCAGCCUGAGAUGCAGGAGAAGAAGCCGAGUACCAAUGGGCUCGCGGGGGGAGGAGAAGGAGGCAGGGAGGACAGCAAUCGCUGGCAGGUGUUUGUCAAUCAAGCAGCGACUGAGGAGGAAGAAGAGGAGCAGGAUACACAUCUCUGAUGACUGAAGAAGAAGGGGAGAAGGGUUAUGAAGGGUGGGCAUCUUUGAUAGACAGAUGGUAAGUGGAGCCUAGAGGGAAGAAGAAGACAGUAGAGAAAACAGAAGAGAGAAAGUCAAAAAUAAUACAAAAUGUCUGUAGUGGAGAGAAGAGGACAAGACAAGAAGAGGAGGAGAAAAUAAAAAGUAAUUGAUGGGAGUUAAAACAUUUAAAAUUCUAGCAUUGAGGCUAGCAUUAAGGCUAGGAGGAGCAUAGCAGGAGGAGUCACUGGCAUCGUCGUCGAAAUUAGACACCGGGGUACAUAUAUUUUGGACUUCUGAUUGGGAAAGUUGAGACUUUCAUAGAGCUGCAUAUCUUGCUACUACGACUCAAUGUUAUAAAAUGUCACCAUUACAUUUUGUGUGCCUUAUGCUUUUAGCUUUUUGCACUGUGGCUGCACAUGACAAAUAAAACAGGAAACUAGCGACACAAUCAUUGCAUAUAACGCCUUUUUCCCCUUCUAAUGUUUGAAUGUAAAGGAGCUUUUAAAGUUUAAAGCGUCCACAGCUGCAACAUUAGGAACAGUUGCCAUUUUAUUUCACAAAUUCAUUGACAGAAUGGCUCCGACUGGUAGCAGGAAACUGAAAUAAUAGCAAACAAUUGUCCAGCCUCAAAUUUUCUACCCAUCCGCCUGUACUUUUGCUUAAGUAAUAUUUUGAAUGUAACAUUUCAAUGGUAAUGGUGUAUUUUUUCAGUGAGAUUGUUAGUUUUACUUAUGUAAAAGAGCCAAAUACUACUUCUGCCACUGAUGAUUACAUGUAAGAAUUCUUGGUAUUAUUCUAAUAUAUACCAAAUAUACCAAAAGAUAUUACAGCUUCAGUCUAUGGUUUACCCCGAUAUCUGACUCCAGAGACAACAGCGACUCCUCUUAGCUACUCCUCCAAAUCAAUGAACAAGAAGUAGCAACUUUGAAAGUAAGGUUUGGGCACUUUAUUGAUUUCUCUUGGAAAUAGUGACUAUCAUCAUUGAAAUGCUGCAUCAUGUUAAAUGUAAUACAUACAGUAACUGAAAUAUCUCUAUUUUACUCAUAGGAAUGUUUGUAACUGCUGAGGAUGUUUACUCUACACUCUACAACCAGUCAUGUGAUCGCUAUUCUUGUGUCCUGUUAGCCUAAUAUGCUUUUUUUAAUAGUGUUGGAAUGGCUGCUGUAUGUUCCCGGCUAAAUUUUGAGGCUAUGACACAUGGGCAACAUUUAGAGGCCAAAAGCACGAAAACAGUUAGUUACAGUGUUGAAGUCAAGUCACCAAACCAAGUCCAAGUAGAGCCCCAAGUCUUCAAUGUUUUAUGUUUAAAUCUGAGUCACCAAGGACAUUUCCGAAUCGCUAUGAUCACGUUCCCAUCGCCUCGAUCACAACAGUCAUGUCUGAAUCACUACUGCCAUGUCUGAGUCUCUUCAGUUGUGUCCGAAAUUGCUGUGGUCAUGUCCGAGUCAAGUUUGAGUCACUGUGAUCAUGUCUGGGUCAUGCCUCACAGUACAUUUACAUUUAUUCAUUUAGCUGACGCUUUUAUCCAAAGCAACUUACAAUUGCUAUAACAGAGGUCGCACACCUCUGGAGCAACUAGGGGUUUAGUGUCUUGCUCAGGGACACAGUGCUGGACGUGUCACAGUAGUGAGUUGAACCUGGAUCUCUCACACCAAAGGCGUGCAUCUUAUCCACUACGCCAUCAACCCCCCCAUAUAAAAUUGAAAGCAAUUAUCACUGCUGGCGGCUGCGGGAUACAAACCCACGACUGGAAUAAGAGGUGCUGCUCCAGAGAAUGAUGCCUAACGAAUCGAGCCACCAGUCAGCUUUGGUCAUGUGAUCUUGUCUGUGCCACUAUGAUCAUGUCCUAGUCACUAUGAUCUUGUCUGUGCCACCAUGAUCAUGUCCUAGUCACUAUGAUCUUGUCUGUGCCACCAUGAUCAUGUCCUAGUCACUAUGAUCUUGUCUGUGCCAUUAUGGUCAUGUCCUAGUCACUAUGAUCUUGUCUGUGCCACCAUGAUCAUGUCCUAGUCACUAUGAUCUUGUCUGUGCCAUUAUGGUCAUGUCCUAGUCACUAUGAUCUUGUCUGUGCCAUUAUGGUCAUGUCCUAGUCAUUAUGAUCUUGUCUGUGCCACCAUGAUCAUGUCUUAGUCACUAUGAUCCAGUCCGAAACCCCAUGGCCGUGUCCUAGUCACUAUGAUCUUGUCUGUGCCAUUAUGGUCAUGUCCUAGUCACUAUGAUCUUGUCCGAGCCACCAUGAUCAUGUUCUAGUCACUAUGAUCUUGUCCGAGCCACCAUGAUCAUGUCUUAGUCACUAUGAUCUUGUCCGAGCACCUAUGGUCAUGUCCUAGUCACUAUGAUCUUGUCCGAGCACCUAUGGUCAUGUCCUAGUCACUAUGAUCUUGUCCGAGCCACCAUGAUCAUGUUCUAGUCACUAUGAUCUUGUCUGUGCCAUUAUGGUCAUGUCCUAGUCACUAUGAUCUUGUCUGUGCCAUUAUUGUCAUGUCCUAGUCACUAUGAUCAUGUUCUAGUCACUAUGAUCUUGUCCGAGCCCCUAUGGUCAUGUCUUAGUCACUAUGAUCUUGUCCGAGCCACCAUGAUCAUGUCUUAGUCACUAUGAUCUUGUCUGUGCCACUAUGGUAAUGUCUUAGUCACUAUGAUCCAGUCCGAGCCCCCAUGAUCAUGUCCUAGUCACUAUGAUCUUGUCCAAGCACCUAUGGUCAUGUCCUAGUCACUAUGAUCUUGUCUGUGCCACCAUGAUCAUGUCUUAGUCACUAUGAUAUUGUCCGAGCCCCUAUGGUCAUGUCCUAGUCACUAUGAUCUUGUCCGAGCCCCUAUGGUCAUGUCCUAGUCACUAUGAUCUUGUCCAAGCACCUAUGGUCAUGUCCUAGUCACUAUGAUCUUGUCUGUGCCACCAUGAUCAUGUCUUAGUCAUUAUGAUCUUGUCCGAGCCCCCAUGGUCAUGUCUUAGUCACUAUGAUCCAGUCCGAGCCCCCAUGGCCGUGUCCUAGUCACUAUGAUCUUGUCUGUGCCGCUAUGGUCAUGUUCUAGUCACCGUGAUCUUGUCCGAGCCCUUAUGGUCAUGUCCUGGUCACUAUGCUGUUGUUUGUGCCACUGUGGUCACGUCUGAAUCACUGUGAUCAUGACUGACUAACCCACACUUGUAUGUCCAAAUAAAGUUGCAAGUGAUCAAACAUGGGACUUGUACUGGACUUGAAAAAUGAAGGGUGCUGUUACCAAACUGUCAUAUACAGUAAUAUCACACAUCAGAUGGACAUAAAUAAUUUGAGAUAUGUUUUAUCUGAUUCUUAGUAAGACAUGCUAGCUGACUCAAAUUGCUGUUCAGUUAACAGGAAUGGAGAUAUUUGCUGGCAGCAAUGUAUAAUGCUGUUUUUGUGUUUGUUUACUUUUAUUCAGAUUGUUUUUUACGAUUUUGUUCCUGCAGUUGUCAGUCUCCAUUCCUGUUACAGGUUGUAUUGCCCAUCUGCAUUUAAUCAAGAUGUUGCCUGCGUGUCAGCUCUUUUACCCUGACCUUUCGCGAUGUAACAAUACUGUAUAAGGCUUCACUAUAAACUAAGCUGAUUGAUAUGCACUUUGUCCAUUAAACAGGAUUUAGGGGACUGACGGCUGUCCAUCCUGAAUACCUUAAAUGACUACCUGCAAUGUAGAUCUGUUUCCGAGAGCACAAGAUACAGGCAGGACACAGCCCCCUUGUCCUUCACUGAAAGACAGAAUAGAUGAGCAUGUCGCUUUCAGCUCUGCAGCGGGCACCAAUGUAACAAAACCUACAGCUUCUGUUGCUUUUAUUUGAUGAAAGUCUGUAUGAUGGAGAUGGAGAGAAAUUUUGUGGCUUUCUGAUCAUUUAAAUUUGUUUUCACUGAUGUUUUCUUUUCAGAAUCUAAAGGCAGCCUUGUGUGUUUGCAUUUGUUAGCGGUGCUAGUGCAAGUCAAUGGGGAUUCAGCUGUAGCAAAAAAACAAGUGACCCUUCAUUUGUAUAAAGAUUACAAGUUUAGUAUCCUGGUAAGAUUUUUCCCAGGUUUCCCAAUUUUCUUUAAUUCAUUCCAGGUAUUUUAUUUCUAUUAUUAUUUCUAUCUAUUUAUAUGCAUUUUCAUCGCAAACUAACUCUUUUGGUUGUCUGUGUAAUAAGUUAAAGGUGAGAAUAAAGUUUGGAGAAAAUAUGA